AUGCUAGAAUCGCCCGACUCUCCAGUGGUCGUCUGGUCGCGUCCCCCGUCCCUUCGGUCCCUUCGAACUGGAAAACGAGUAGUACCCGGACAGUACGUGUUGGAUGAACCGGAUACUCUGUGUGUCCUUCCUUCCUCAAUGAGACUAGUCUGCUGUCUGCUCACUCUCCUUCUCAUAUGCUCUCUCAUCGCGGCGAUUUUGAAUUCCCUUCAAGGAAGUUCCAAUGGAUCCGUCAGUUACUGUAAACGACCGGACGAACCGUUUCACCCGAGUGUACUAUGUCCCCGUGAAUCCAUGUUCUUCUUCUAUAAAUGUUGUCCAUCGAGUGCGGAUCCGGAGAAGAGUGAAUGUUGUGCAAAGAUUAGGAUUUGGUUACUACUGGCUAUUGUAUGCGUCGUGUUAUCGUGCCUCGUUGGCAUCUGCUACUCAAUUUUCCGCUAUUUUUGUCGACACUGUCGACUAUCCGCCUGGAAACCGACUCGUCUGCGGUCACAUGUCUAA